AACUUGAUGUACUCGAACCCAACGCGCGUUUUAACCAUGGCUUCGCUCACGUACAGCAGACUGUUACAUUUUCUGAGAUUAUUUAUGACAGAAUCUUCAAUUUUACGACCAGAAACAGGAAUAAAAUACGGACCUGCGUCCUGUGUGCAAUUUAUACGCUGUCAGAGGUCAGUGGACAGCAAAGCAUUACAGGAGAGACAGAAGCACCAGAUGGCCAGAGGUCUUCCCAAACAGAAGGCCAUCACAGGGGUUAAACAGGUCAUCGUCGUGGCUUCGGGGAAAGGCGGCGUGGGCAAGUCCACCACAGCAGUGAAUUUGGCUCUUGGACUGACGGCCAACGAUCCAUCUAAGUCUGUUGGCCUGCUGGAUGCUGAUAUCUACGGUCCCUCGAUUCCCAAGUUGAUGAACCUGAGGGGGAACCCGGGCCUCACUGACAAUAAUCUGAUGAUCCCACUCACCAACUAUGGGAUUCCCUGUAUGUCAAUGGGGUUCUUGGUGGACGACGUGGCUCCGAUAGUGUGGAGGGGACUGAUGGUGAUGUCAGCAAUAGAGAAACUGCUCAGGAAGGUGGACUGGGGAUCACUGGACUAUCUAGUAAUCGACAUGCCUCCAGGCACAGGAGACGUUCAACUGUCAAUCAGCCAGAACAUCCCGAUAGCAGGUGCGGUCAUUGUGUCAACGCCGCAAGACAUCGCCCUGCUGGAUGCUCGCAGAGGAACUGAGAUGUUUAAGAAAGUUCACGUGCCGGUUCUCGGCCUGGUGCAGAACAUGAGUGUUUUUCAGUGCCCCAACUGCAACCACCAAACUCAUGUUUUUGGCUCUGAUGGGGCUCGACAGCUGGCAGAGACUCUGGGAGUCAAGUUCUUAGGAGACAUCCCUCUCCACUUAAACAUCAGAGAAAUGUCAGACAGAGGACAGCCAGUAGUCAUCUCCUCGCCCAGCAGCCCAGAGGCUGACGCAUAUCGAAAGGUGGCAUCUGCUGUUGUCCAGAGCCUAGAGGAGGUCAACACUUGAUUGACAGAUUAGUCAGGAAGUGAGCUCAUCGAUCUGGAGCCACUGGGAUGUUCAAACAGGACAUGAAAGUUGUCCGUGGCACACAAACACCAAACAAAUGAUAAAUAUGUGGUUCUUAAAACUCAUUUAUGUUGCCAUACUGUUGAAUUCCACCCCUUUUUUCCUGGAGGUCACUAUUUUAUAAAACAUGCUUGCGAAUGGAAUUGCAAAGAUGCCGCUGAUGUUCUGCACAGUAAUUUAAAUCUGUUAAUACUUUAUCAAAGGACUGCACACAUUUGCACAUACGUAUAUGUAAACAAAUGACAUAGUAGCACUACAGUGUUCCUUAAAACAGUUAAUUGGACAGCACAGUCUUGUUUGAGGGUGGGUAAGGGUAUAAAACAUGAUACAGUAAUCCUACAUCUAGGGACAGCCCUCAAGGCACUUCGCACAAGUAAGGUCUAACCUUACCAACACGGCACGUUCUCUGAGUUUUUGGGAAAAUUACUCAUCAAACAAAGUGAAAAUGCAAAGAAAAAGUGACGAUGCGGUGGAAAGUGGACAUGUAUUGCGGUUUGUUUACGACCCGGAGCUCAAAUACGCUGACGCGGUUGUGUAGGCGAGAGAACGCAGCUACUCUGGUUAGCUGUGUAGGCUAACACUUAAUGACACGACCACUCCCAUUUGCCUCGUCUUCCCUUCUCCAUUGGGAACCGAAAAAAAAAAACUGCACUUUUUG